CCUCCUUGUUGCCGCCAGUGGCGCGGCGCGACGCUGCCAUCUUUGUAUCAAUCUUGUCGAUUUAGCUUGGCGCCUUUCCUGUAUAGGUUGUUCACUGUAGUGGUAAUAGUGUGUUACACGUUUCAAAAUGGCUGGUGGUAAAGCGGGUAAAGAUUCAGGCAAAGCCAAGGCUAAAGCAGUAUCUCGAUCGGCUAGGGCAGGACUGCAGUUCCCUGUGGGAAGAAUACAUAGACAUCUUAAAAAUAGGACAACAAGCCACGGCCGUGUUGGUGCUACGGCCGCAGUAUAUUCAGCGGCUAUUCUGGAAUAUCUAACUGCCGAGGUACUGGAAUUAGCAGGAAAUGCAUCAAAAGAUCUCAAAGUAAAACGUAUCACACCCCGGCAUUUGCAGUUAGCUAUUAGAGGAGAUGAAGAACUGGACAGUCUAAUCAAAGCCACCAUUGCGGGAGGCGGUGUCAUACCUCACAUACACAAAUCCCUUAUUGGCAAAAAAGGUGGCCCUGGCGCUCCAGUUUAACUGAAGUACGUGUGAAGAUCAGAGUUGCAUUUGACCGUGGAUAAGUUUUCAGCAUUGUAUAAUUCAUCGCCCAUCAGUAAACAUAGUUUUCUAUAAAGGUAGUGAUGUGGACAAGUGGAGUGACAUCAUAAAACUGUCUGUCAGGACUAAACAUAGAUAGUAAGACCUAGGAAAUAUUUUAAUGUUAAGGAGAUUUAAAAAUAUAAAUGUAUUAGAAUAAGUUUUUAAAUUUUUGGUUCAACAAUAAGAUAUGUUUAUUUUGCUGGAACAUUUGAGGCGGUACAACAAGCAUUAACACUGCUCGUCCUCCGCAGCCCAAUGCUGCAGCAAUAUGAGUAAAUUUACUACUA